AUGUUGUUGGUUUUAUCGGAUGGAUCAUCUUUUAAAAAUUCUUUCGGCUCUAGUCUUUAUGUUAAUAAUCCCUCUUCAGUGUCAGCCGACACAUGUGUAAAUAUUGUAACUUACUUUGAAGUUGUGGUCGAACAAUUGGAAAAUUAUUUUCCAAUCAACGACUGUUAUGGUUACAAAAUAUGUUUCUAUAAUUGUUAUAUCAAGGCCAAUUAUUGUGGCAAUUCAACCUUUUGUGAAUUUGGCCCAGUUUGUUUAAAAGAUACUUUUUUCCAAAUAUCUUUCCGGUUGGGACGUAUGCUUGUUACGACCUUAACUAUUAUUAUUCUUUUUAAUGUCUUGAUCCUUACUUCGUUAAUAUUCGACUAUGUCUUCCCAUUUCCUCUCAAAGAAGAGCUGGUUGGUCCUAAAUUAGUUCCAGGGUAUAUUGAACCGAUUGACGACAGUUUGUUCUGCCUGACAUUUGCAUUUAAAGAAGUAUCAGCCCAUAUAAUUAUGGCUUAUUGA